AUGGCCUCAAAAUCGUUGUUCAAGCUGCCUUCGAUUGCCUUCGGGCUAUUGACUUGCCUCCGGAAUGCUCAUGGAGCCGCUCUAGAGUCUCGGGACCCCCAGGACGACGUCGAACAGGGCUCUUGGCCUUCUCCUCGUUGUCAACUCACAGGGCCCAUCUAUCCUAAGAAUGAUGGACUUCCCUCCGCGGGAGAUGUCUUCGACGGCCCAUCGGCGUUCGCUAAGCAGCUCGAUCGCCACCGGGAUAUAGUUGGGGUCGAUUCCAUCUGCUACGAUGACCUCGGACCGAUUGGUGAAGAUGAGCGCUGGGAGAGCUUUGAUGAGCUCCAUGGAGUCCUCAAACGCUCGUAUCCGCUCAUGCACGACGACAACUAUGUCCAGUUUGACACGGUCAACACCUACGGCCUGGUCUAUACAAUCCAGGGCCAGAGUGAGGAGCUAGCGCCCAUUCUACUGACAGCUCAUCAAGAUGUCGUCCCCGUGGGCGAUGAAGCGGACUGGACCUAUCCACCAUUUUCCGCCGAGUAUGACGAGAAAACAGGUUGGCUGUCCGGCCGAGGCGCUGCAGAUGACAAGAACCGCCUAACGGCACUCAUGUCAGUCUUCGAAGAGCUCUUGACAGCCCACUGGCGACCGCAGCGUGACUUCGUCCUUGCCCUUGGCUUUGAUGAGGAGUGCUCUGGUUUCCGCGGCGCACAGAAUAUUGACGAUAUGCUUGUGGAAAAAUACGGCAAAGGCGGAUUUGGAGUCGUUAUCGAUGAAGGCGGCCUCGACAUGAUCGAUGUGAAUUUCGGCCGUGAUCCGCCGGUCCGGUAUGCGCUCCCAGCAGUGACAGAAAAAGGUGUCGUCAAUAUCUGGCUCGACCUGGAAGUACAGGGCGGCCACAGCGGCACUCCCAAACCGCACACGGGCAUCGGCAUCAUGUCGCAGAUUGUCGCGGCCCUGGAAAGCAACCCAUACCAGCCCGAGAUCGAGUGGAACAGUCCCGCCCACAAGAGCCUGCAAUGCCUCGCGCGCUACUCUCCCAACGCGUUCCCAUCCAUCACGUACCUGGUUGAUCAUGGAAAUCUGUACAAGCUCGCCGAGGUAAUUGCAUCCAUGGAUUUCUCUGCGGCGGCUCUGCUUCAGACCACGCAGGCGGUGGACGUCAUUCACGGCGGCGACAAGAUCAACUCGCUCCCGGGGCAGACCACCGUUGGCAUCAACUACCGUGUUGCGCCCCAGGACAGCGUGGUGGAGAUCCAGCAUAAUGUCGUCAAGUAUAUAAGCAGGAUCGUCGAAAACUUCGGGCUGGGUCUCAACGCUUAUGAGGGCGAUGAUGAGUACCAUUACUAUGCUGCUUCAGUUGGCGGCGGGGACCAUCACCACAAGAAGCCGCGCCGCGACAUCGACUAUGGGGGCACCUUGACCAUCAGAGCGGAAAACAAAUUCGGGAGUGCACCUGUGUCGCCCACCGACGAUGAAGCAUGGCGGAUUUUUGCAGGUACCAUUGAAGCCACCUUUAAACAGCCUGGCAUUACCGUUGUCCCAACGGGAGUCAUCAUGAGGGCCAGCACAGAUUCCAAGCAUUACUUAGAUCUGUCAAGAAAUAUUUACCGCUGGAACCCCCACUCCGCGUUCGAUGUUAAGAAUAUCCACGGUGUGGACGAGGGCCUCAAGAUGAGUGCCCAUAUCGGUGUCGCCAAAUUCUACUACAACCUUGUUCGUAACUUUGACCAGGCCGGAGGUAUUCGGCUCAAAUCAUCUCAGCAACAGCAGGAGCUCUAA